AUGGGCCAAAUUCGGAAAGAAGAGCAGGCGCAGAGAGAGCGAGACCGAGAGAAGAUAUUCGAAAUUCUUCCGAGUAAAAAUAAGUCAGGCCUUGCGCGCUGCCGCGGCUGUCAACGCACCUGGGCUAAGAAUCACACCCGCUUCCACCAGCACAUUGAAAGUUGUCCUGCAGCGCUACAAUUGCUUCAAAGAACAAGGCAAAAGACCCUAAUGGAGCUACCAAAUGGGAUAAAAGUUGAUACAUUAGAAACGCGGAUUGACUGCGCUCUUGCUCGUGCAACUUUUACUGGAAACCGACCAUUUUCCAUGUGGUCGCAGCCUUUUAUGCGUGAAGCCUUACAACUCUUGAGAAAAGGCUAUAUCCCACCAGAUCGGCACCGAAUUGGAGGCAGUCUUUUGACUGAGCUUUAUACCGAAUCUUAUACAAAAACGAUAGGCAUUUGGCGCCAGAUUCAGCAUCUCAAUAUCACGGUUGAUGAGACCUCAAAUAUCAAUCAUCAACGUGUUAUGGUGAUUACAAUUACUACACCGCAAAGAUCCUGGCUCUAUUGCCUCAAAGAUAUGGAAAAUGAACGUCUGAAUGCGAAGAAUAUUACUGAGUGGCUUUUACACCAACUUGAAGCACUUUUAGCGACACUUUUUGAUGGAGAUAUUGAUUGGAAAUGUAUCAAUUCUUUAUCGACAGAUACGUGCUCUACAAUGAGGCUUGUUUGGGAAAUUUUACAGCGCAAAUCACCACUUCAACAUGCUUUUAUGAUUCCUUGUGAUUCUCAUGGCCUACAGCUAAUUUUUAAGGAUCUUUUAGAUAUGAAAGUCUCGCAAGCGAUGACCGUGAAGCAUAUCUUCAAAGAAGCCAACGAUAUCGUGACGUUUUUCCACCGAAGCCCAUUAAGAUACGCCGAUUUACAAGCGAUUGAGAAAGCUAGGAAUGGCAGAAAGAAGGCGCUUAUUGCCUCUGUUAUAACACGUUGGGGAUCUCAAUAUAACCUCAUUAACUCGGUUAAUGAGCUAAAGGAAUCGCUUAUUCAGUGGGCUCAAAGCGUUAACUCCGAGGCUUUGAAUGCGACUAUCUUCAACGUCAUACCACGCUGGUUGAAGCUUGAGAAUGAGAUGAGGACUGCAGCUUUAUAUACACAACUUCAUGAGGAUAUAAAGGCAUAUUUUAAUGAAGGAGGCUUUACAGCGCGUGCAAAUCUACAAAUAUUAUCUAUCCACUGGGUCGCAUAUUGGCUCGAUCCGAAGAGAAUUCGUCAACCGCUUGAGAGCUCGACAAAAGAGAAAAUUCGUGCAAUUUUAGAGCCUCAAGAAGUAUGGCAUGAUUUCUUACAUUUCCGGCAACAAGAUGGCGCCUUUUAUAAGGCACGGUGCUGGGAAGAAAGCGAGAUUACAAUAUUCUGGCUUGAAGCAGCUGAUAUCGCUCCAAAGCUCGCUUCCUUCGCAAAUCGUCUUAUUCAUACAGUUGCUAACUCAGUAACUGCCGAACGUGCCUUUUCCUUGAUGAAUUUACAGCACACCAAGAUACGGAAUCGACUCAGCGUUGAGCAGGUUGAAAAGCUUCUUUUUUUACAAAUCAAUGAAUAUCAACUGCAAGAGAAGCUCAAUGAAGAGCCUACGCCAGAGCAACAGUUAGAGGACGAGGAGGCCGAAUCAGCAAGAGUCUAUAGAGAGCAGAGCCUUGAAUUCUCUUCAAUUCUGAAUAACCUCAAUUCCAUGGAUCAGAAACCUGCAACAGAUCUUAUAGAGGCAUCGCCGGAGCCUGAUUUGGAGCUGGAGGCCCCGAGAGCGUACAAGCGCUUGCGAAUUGGGUAA